AUUGAAAAUUAGGAGGACGAUAACAGGCGGCAGCAAGAUCGAAUAUUAAUGAAAAGAUAUAUUGCAAGUAAAUUCUCUCUCGCGUACUCGCGUAACCAACUCAUACAAAUCAUCCGUUGCAUUUUGCAGGAGGAUGCUGCGGCUCCAUGAGAAAGAGAACUAUCGUCGGCGGAUACGCGUUCACCUGGUGGUUCGUCACUGAUGUACAGCGGUUAUCGCUGGAAGUGAUGACUUUGAAUCCGGUGUGCGAGAGCGUGGAAACGGCACAAGGAGUACCGUUAACGGUCACUGGAGUGGCACAAUGCAAAGUCAUGAAGGCCGACGAAUUAUUGCACACUGCCAGUGAACAGUUUCUCGGCAAGAGUGUUCACGAAAUCAAAUCCACGAUCCUGUCCACUUUAGAGGGUCAUCUUCGAGCUAUACUUGGAACGCUCUCCGUGGAAGAGGUCUAUAAGGAUCGAGAUCAAUUUGCGGCUCUUGUGCGGGAGGUCGCUGCGCCGGAUGUUGGUCGCAUGGGCAUUGAAAUUCUCUCGUUCACGAUAAAGGACGUUUACGAUGAGGUUCAAUAUUUAACAUCACUUGGCAAAGCCCAGACGGCUGCUGUUAAAAGAGAUGCCGAUGUGGGCGUUGCCGAGGCGAAUCGAGAUGCCGGCAUCAGGGAAGCGGAAUGCGAAAAAUCAGCGAUGGACAUAAAAUAUAACACUGAUACUAAGAUAGAGGACAACGCGAGACUCUAUCAAUUGCAGAAGGCUAAUUUCGAUCAAGAAGUAAAUACAGCGAAAGCCGAAGCCCAGUUAGCUUACGAACUUCAAGCGGCGAAGAUAAAACAGCGGAUACGAAACGAGGAAAUACAAAUUGAAGUUGUAGAAAGACGUAAGCAAAUCGAAGUCGAGGAACAGGAAGUUCGUCGAAAAGAGCACGAACUUCAGAGCACAGUGCGUUUACCAGCCGAAGCUGAAUUUUAUAAAAUGGGAAGGAUAGCCGAGGGAAAAAGAACCCAAACUGUGAGUGCAGCAAAAGCCGAAGCAGAGAAGAUUCGAUUGAUCGGGGAGGCUGAAGCUCACGCUUUGGAGGCUGUCGGUGUAUCAGAGGCCGAACGCAUGCGAAUGAAAGCAGCGAUUUACAAGAAGUAUGGCGAUGCAGCAAUACUCAACAUCACUUUGAAUGCCUUACCAAAGAUCGCGGCCGAAGUCGCGGCGCCAUUAGCGAGAACGGAAGAAAUUGUGCUUCUCGGCGGCAGCGACGCGACUAGUGGAGAACUUACGCGUCUCGUAGGGCAAGUACCUCCAGCUGUACAAGCGCUGACUGGCGUAGAUCUUUCCAAAGUAUUAGGAAAAAUACCAGGCGCUAAGUAAUACCAGACAGUGUGAGUUUAAGGAUGGCGAUCAAGCGAACAAACUUGGAACAGGUUGAAAAGGGCAAAACUUGUACUGCCAAAGAUUUCUCUGCUACUCUAUCAUCUAGCGACGAUUUUUCCUCCGCUUUUUCCUCUUUCUCGAAUUUUGCUCUACCUCAAGUCCAAUCAAAGCAGCAUCAUACGCCAGUGGACACGUUUUCUUAUCUCUUAUCGCGCGAAUAAAUAUAUUCGAGUUGCUCGCAUCGUAUUCGCACGUUAUCUUAAACAUGAUGCGUAUGUAUGCGAUAUGUUACAUUUUGUUGAUGUAAUAUCGAUGUAAUCGUGAUUUAUGGGACGGGCGACUAACGCGAACCGAAUUAUGAUAUCGAUAAUUAUGAACCGAUACAAAUCAAUUAUGAAAAGUACAUGUUCUCACAAACACACACACAUGCACGCACGCACGCACGCACGCACGCACGCACGCACGCACGC